AUGCCAAAAGGGCUCUCGGGUCCUGGAAUAAGGAUGUCUUUGGGCAGCUCUUUCCCUAGGGCAGUCUUUGCUUCCAUCAUCUGUCUGAUUCCCAAAUCGGCUGCCCCAAAGAAAUUCUCAUAUUUCCGGCCCAUAAGCCUUUGUAACUGCCCGUAUAAGAUCAUUUCUAGCAUAAUUGCAUCUAGGCUGAGCGAGGUUCUACCUUACCUUAUUUCUCUUGAGCAAGGAACCUUCAUUCAGGGUAGAUCAUUGGCUGGAAACAUUGCUCUGUCUCAGGAAUUGGUCAAUGAAAUUGAUAGAAAAGUGCGGGGUGGUAAUAUCAUCCUCAAACUGGACAUGGAGAAGGCCUAUGACAGAUUGGACUAG